AAUCGACAAGUUGACCCCGCGGUGUUCUAUUGUUGCUUUCGUAGGAACGAGAGGAACGCAUUUGCCGCCCCAGCUGCUUUUUCGCUGCUUCCCGUCAGCUCUCCACUCGCGAAGAUCAAGGCUUACUACUGUACAACCCAAAGCACUUUUACUCUCCAACCGCAACAUAAUGUCUGACUGGGAAAACGAAGACGAGGACGUGGGUACGCCGGUCAUUUCCGUUGCCGCCAAGGGUGCCUGGGACGACGAGGACGCCUCCGACGACGACGUGAAAGACGCAUGGGACGCCUCAGACGAGGAGGGAGAGAAGACCGCUGAGCAAAAGAGCUCAUCAACGUCAGCCGCAGCACCGAAGAAGAAGAAGACUUUGGCCCAAAAAAUUGCGGAGAGAAAGGAGGAAGAGGAGAGGAAACGGGCAGAAUUUGCUCAAAAGCAAGCGAAAUCGACCGCAGAUGACGACGAAUAUCCGGACGAAACGCCAGAGGAGAGGAAAGCUCGCCUCCAGCAGGCCGUCGUUGAGGCUGAUUUGCAGAACGCCAAAGAUCUAUUCGGUGCUGUUCCUGCAGGCCAACCUGCCGCGAGCAACUCAAAACUAGAAACUAUGAACCCUACGACGAAGUUGGACUUUGACGAAUACCUCAAGGAAGUCAAUGAGAAGUUCUCUACAUUCGAGUCCAAGGCCCAGUAUUCCUACUUCGUCGAGUCCCUUGUCCGAUCGCUCCUCGUGCCCCUGAAUCUCGAGGACACGAGGCGGAUCUCGUCUUCUGUGACAGCCAUGAUCAACGAGAAGCAAAAGGCCCAAAAGACAGUUGGGGGCAAGAAGAAGGCGCGGAAGAAGGCGGCGCUGAAGUCUGGACCGGGAGCUGAAGGAGGAAUAGAUACCACGAAUUACGAUGAUGUCUAUGACGAUUACGAAGACUUUAUGUAAAUCAUGGACACCCGUUUUCUGGAACAUAGGAGGGGCUGUCCCGGCGUAUCGUGAAGAUUUCCAGACACGUUCUUCGUAUAGUCUCCCUAUCACAUCUCAUAGAUAUACUUAUUUCACCAUCUCGAAGUCAUCUUCCCAUGCUUUCAUGUUCAUUCUACCUCAAUCUCACCCACUCCAUUGUUUCUGUGUGACCAUUUAAUCAGCUUUCGAAUGACCGAGAAACUACGUUGAAAUACUUUUUCAUUCA